UUUGUUUGCCAUGUCAUAGCUUAAGUCAAAGUGCUAGAAGUUGAGCAACAGAAAUAAAACAAAAUGAAAGUGAAACAUUUUACUCCAGAGCCACAGUGAAGAGCAGGAACGCUGCAGAAAGUCAAUUGGUUUAUCAUUGCAACAAACAUGAUGUCUGGGCCUCAAUCUGUAGUCAGAAGAUUUUGGGUUCAAUGGCAGCAAAUGAUAAACUGUUUAUGGUUCAUCAGUAUUCCACCAUACACCGUGUUGUUGUGGCCAUAUCAAAAAAUAGUUGAUAUAAUUAAAAUAGUACAGGUUCAAUGGCAGCAAAUGAUAAACUGUUUAUGGUUCAUCAGUAUUCCACCAUACACCGUGUUGUUGUGGCCAUAUCAAAAAAUAGUUGAUAUAAUUAAAAUAGUACAGAUUCAAUGCCAGCAAAUGAUAAACUGUUUAUGGUUUAUCUUCGGUAUUGCACGAGACAUUGUGUUGUGGCCAUUUCAAAAAAUAGUUGGUAUAAUUAAGCAAAUGAUAAACUGGUUAUGGUUAAUCUUGGGUGAUGCACGAGACAACGUGUCGUGGCUAUGUCAAAAAAUUGUUAAAAUAGUACAGACUUGUGCCUGGUACCUUUUCAACGGGAUCAACAAAGCAAAAAGAAACAACUACUACAUAAUUCAGUCUGGGAACUCAUGCAAUGCACACACAAGGAUUUUAAAAAAUCUCCAUGAACAUGUACCUGGUAUGACAGAGGUGAAUAAAGUGGAGAAGUGCGAUGUGAUUCUGGUUUUCUGCCCUAUUGUUUCACGGGCAGGAACUGACAUUCAAGCAGCACUGGACCAACUUAAUAACUGUUCAGAAUCCAAACCAGCUGUUUUUAUGCUGCUCCAUCACACAUUUGACCGAGAGAAAGUUUUACCAGACAGCAGCAGAUUUAUAACCAGAGGAAACACACUCACUGUGAACUGUCUCUUUAAUGAAGAUGAGGGCUUACUGGCAUGUGACAUGAAUGAUGUGGAACUGGACAAAAUUAUUCAGCAUUUAAAACCUCAGCAAAGGAUAAACUGUUUAUGGUUCAUCAUCAGUAUUGCACGAGGCAUCGUGUUGUGGCCAUAUCAAAAAAUUGUUUGUAUAAUAAAAAAAGUACAGAUUCAAUGGCAGCAAAGGAUAAACUGUUUAUGGUUCAUCUUCGGUAUUCCACGAUACAUCGUGGUUUUAAUUAAAAUAGUACAGACUUUGACCUGGUACCUUUUCAAUGGGAUCAACAAAGCAAAAAGAAACAAGUACUACAUAAUUCAGUCUGGGAACUCAUGCAAUGCACACACAAGGAUUUUAAAAAAUCUCCAUGAACAUGUACCUGGUAUGACAGAGGUGAAUAAAGUGGAGAAGUGCGAUGUGCUUCUGGUUUUCUGCCCUAUUGUUUCACGGGCAGGAACUGACAUUCAAGCAGCACUGGAUCAACUUAAUAACUGUUCAGAAUCCAAACCAGCUGUUUUCAUGGUGCUCCAUCACACAUUUGACCGAGAGAAAGUUUUACCAGACAGCAGCAGUUUUAUAACCAGGAGAAAGACACUCACGGUGAACCUUCUGUUCCACGAAGACGUGGGGUUACAUAAAUGUUAUAGGAAUGAUGAGGCACAAGCCAAAACUAUUCAGCAUUUAAAACAUCAGAUACAAUUUAAAAAGAGAUUCAGAGCAAUCAUGCUAUUUAUUGCUGUGACAACUGUUUACUGUGUGCUACGGGGCAUUCAAAUAGUCUAUGAAUUCAGAGGACGAUUAGAUCAGACUUCAGCAGGUGCAAAGAAUGCUUAAUGAAAAUACUAUACAUGGAUCAAACCAAUCAGCUGUAAAAACUAUGCACACAGGCAGAGUGUUGUAUUAACAUAUAUCCUAAAAAUAAAUAGUGAUUAUGUCUUGUGGCUUUAAUAAUGUAUGUGCCUGUGCAAUAUAUAUAUAUAUAUAUUAUAUAUAUGUAGUUGCUAUAUAACCAGCAUGAACAUGGAUAUUAAAUGGACACUCCACUUUUUUGAAAAUAAUGCUCCUUUUCCAGCUCCCCUACCACUUAGAAUAAUCCAUUGAAUUUGAUUAGACCAUUAGCAUCGUGCUCAAAAAUCAAAAACCAAAGAGUUUUGAUAUUUUUCCUGUUUCAAACUCUUAAGUAAAUUAUGAUUUUCUAGGCCAAUAUGAACUAUACAACUCUUAUGUAAAUUAUGAUUUUCUAGGCCAAUAUGGCUAGGAACUAUACUCUCAUUCUACAUCACGUAAUAAUCAAGGACUUUGCAGCUGUACCAUGGCUGCAGGAGGCACAAUAAUAUUAUGCAACGCCUAAAAAUAGUCACCUGCUAUUUAAAGUUACCAAGGGGACUAUUUUCAGGCACUGCGUAAUAUCAUUGUGCCCUCUGGUAACUUUUAAUUUUCCAUCGGUCUUAGCAUGCAAUGUAUCUACGGAAGAGUUAAGUUUUAAAUAUAUUAAAUAUCAAAACCUUUGUUAUUUUUGAGCGUGAUGCUAAUGGUCUAAUCAGAUUCAAGGGAUUAUGCUAAGCUAUGCUAAAAGUGGUACCGCCAGACCCGGAGAUCAGCUGAAUGGAUUCCAAAACUGUAAAAAUCAAAUGUUUAACUAUAGGGGAGCUGGAAAAUGAGCAUAUUUUCAAAAAAGUGGAGUGUCCCUUUAAGACAUACUGAUUAUAGCAUGACAAUUCAACAGUCCCCACGUUGUAUUUCCAGGGGUAUCAAACUAUAAAAUAUUCAUGUAUUUCUUUAUCCUUAUAGCAUCAUUCAUUUAGGAACUUGUAUAAAUUAUUAAAUAAAAUAAAUGUUAAUUGUGA